AUGACCGCCCACCUCCCGCCAAACCUGUUGCGGCUGUUCGCGCCCCGCCCGCCGGCCAUCUACCUCAGGCCGCUGGACAAGGAUGAUAGCGACCGCGGUCCCGACCGCCUAACGGGCAUCAGCUCCAUCGUCAAGCGGCUCCGCGAAGAGGCCGAAGAGAAGGAGUACAAGGAUGGGAUGGAGGGACCAAGUGACGAACCCGAACCCGAACCCGAAUCCAAGAAGGAGAAUGAGAUGGACGUCGACAAGCCCGAGUCCAAGGCCAAGGCCGAGCCCAAGCCCAAGUCGAAGAAGAAGGACCCGAUCGCCGCCGCCGGCGUAAUCGGCCAAGAGGCCGUCAAGAUGCGUCGUGAGGCGCGCACCAAACGCCAAGUCAAAUACAAGAAGGACACUGAGGCUAAUUGGGACCCCAAUUCCGACACCAAGGUCUCGGGCGAUCCGUACAAGACACUGUUCAUUUCGCGACUGAGUUCAAAAGCCACGGAGGCGGACCUGCGCCACGAGUUUGAGAUGUACGGCCACAUUGAGCGAAUUAUGAUCGUGCGCGAUCGGAAGGGCAAGAGCCGCAAUUACGCUUUUAUCGUCUACGAGCGCGAACGCGACAUGAAGGCCGCGUAUAAGGAUGCGGACGGGAUUCCGAUCCACCACAAGAAGAUUAUCGUCGACGUUGAGCGCGGUCGCACCGUCAAGGGAUGGAAGCCGCGGCGGUUGGGCGGCGGUCUCGGCGGGCGUCCCAAGCCCGUCGUCGAGGCUCCGCCGACGUUUACUCCCUUUGGCGGACGGGGUGGGUUUGGUGGCCGCGGCGGCUUCCGUGGCGGGAGGGGAGGGGGAGAUGGAGGGUUCCGCGGUGGACGGGGAGGGUUCCGCGGCGGAGGCGGCGGGUUUGGGGGAGGCGGGGGUGGGUUUGGAGGUGGUGGUGGUGGGGGAUACCGCGGUGGCCCAGGUGGUGGAUUCGGAGGCGACAGGGGAGGGUUCGGCGGCGGCGGCGGAGGGUUCGGAGGUCGCGGUGGGUUCGGACCUCCUGGUGGUGGUUUCGGCGGGAGGGAUAGCGGUUACGGGCCCCGGGAUGGAGGGUAUGGCGGGCCACCUAAGCGCGACCACGAUGGGCCGGGCGGAUUCGGGCACGACGACCGGGACUCGAAGCGGCCACGGUAUUAG